GACUGUGUGCACGGGUGACGUGGGAGCGUGUCAUUACACAAAAUUUUCCGUGGCGUGGUUUUUCAAUGCCCACGAUUUUCACAUUCUCUCGUUCUCUCUCUCUCUCUCUCUCUCUCUCUCUCUCUCUCUCGUUCCAUCUUUGCACUGGUAAUCUUCCUCCUCUACGUCUUCUUCAUUGCUUGUUUCUGCAUUCAGUUGGACUUGCAGUUAUCUCAUCAGAGUGUUGCAGAUGGAAGCGGCCGCUGUUCUCCGAUCCUCUUUUGGCACUUGUAGACCGCCGAGGUUGGCAGCUAGAUCGGGUGUUUCUACUGCGAACGGAACCAACUUUGUGCGAUUCGGUGCCAAGUUUCCAUUCUCAUAUGGAUGGAUGAAGCAAUACCCUUCUGCAUCACACUCAAAGCUGGGGUGUAGGAGAAUAACUGUUGGAAGUAGGAAGAGCUGCCCUGUUAGUGCAUCAUCAUCUUCUGAGACUGGGCAGCCAUCUGCUCCAAUUGCUCCGCUGCAGCUGGAGUCACCAAUUGGGCAGUUUCUGUCUCAAAUCUUGAUAAACCACCCCCAUCUUGUGAUGGCUGCUGUUGAGCAGCAGCUUGAACAGCUUCAAACCGAUCGUGAUGCUGGGAAGCAGGAGGAGCCAUCUGCUUCUGGCACUGAGCUUGUAUUGUACAGGAGAAUCGCUGAAGUUAAAGCAAAUGAAAGACGAAAGGUUCUAGAGGAGAUCUUGUAUGCAUUGGUUGUGCAGAAAUUCAUGGAUGCUGGUGUUUCUUUGAUAUCAACCAUAUCCACACCAUCUUCUUCAGACAGCCAAGUUGACACUUGGCCGAGCCAAGAUGAGAAGCUUGUGCGGCUUCACUCUCCUGAAGCCUAUGAGAUGAUUCAAAAUCAUCUUGCUCUCAUACUUGGUAACCGUUUGGGUGAUUCAACUUCUGUUGCACAGAUUAGCAAACUUAGGGUUGGGCAGGUAUAUGCAGCAUCUGUGAUGUAUGGAUACUUCCUGAAGAGGGUAGACCAGAGAUUUCAGCUGGAAAAGACAAUGAAAAUUCUUCCACAUGGAUCGGAUGAAGAAGAGAUGAAUUUCAAGAAUGAUGAGGUUCGGGAGAUGAUGCCUGAUGGUGGUGAGAGUUCUGUUCGCACUGCACAAUCCGAUGUAGGAGUCUCGUCCUGGUCGGGUGGCAUCAGUACAGGUGGUUUUGGUUAUGGGAUAAAACCUUGCAGGCUGCGAACCUAUGUGAUGUCUUUUGAUGCAGAGACACUUCAGAGGUAUGCAACAAUAAGAUCCAAAGAGGCAGUUAGCAUCAUUGAGAAGCACACAGAAGCAUUGUUUGGAAGACCCGAAAUUGUUUUGACACCGCAGGGAACUAUUGAUUCUUCAAAGGAUGAACUCAUUAAAAUUAGCUUUGGUGGGUUGAAGAGGCUUAUUUUGGAGGCUGUGACUUUUGGUUCUUUCCUUAGGGAUGUUGAGACCUAUGUGGAUAUGAGGUAUCAUUUUGUUAUGAAUUAAAUUUUGCAUAUUUAUAUUUAUGGCAGAAUAUACUUGGUAGCAGAGGGCCUGGAGGCAUGACCCAAAAAACAUGGCUUAUUAAUAUAUUAGUGUAAAUGUGGACAAAGGUUUUUGACUAGUUAAUUAGUACAUGCUUUUGUUGCUUC